AUGAAGUACGCGAUUCUUCUGGCACUUUUCGGGUGCGCGGUGGCAAUGCGUCAACAGGCUGUUGGAGUAAGCGGCAGGCUUAUGUGUGGAAACAGGCCAGCUACAGGAGUCAAGGUGAAAUUGUGGGAUGAAGACGACGGACCUGAUCCUGAUGAUGUUCUUGAUGAGGGUUACACCGAUUCAAAUGGUGAAUUCAGGCUACAGGGCUCCGAACGUGAACUGACCAAUAUCGAUCCUGUGUUCAAAGUUUACCACGACUGUGACGACGGCAUCAAGGUACGUACAAUUUGCAAACUAGUGUUAUCCAUGCGUAUUGGUGACACCUUUUGCGACCAUAGGUUAAUCAAGAAAAAUGCUCAUCGUGGUUAC